CCAUCUCUUCCUCUUAGCGACACCCGAAUCGCUUUGGGACGGAAAAAGCCAGCGAGGAUGGCAGCAGUUCUCCCCGCCUGUUUCUCCGCCCCUCUGGCAGCUUCUCGCCAACCCGCUCGCACUAGCGGCUGGAGUGCGCACGCCCCCCCUUCUCCGCGGCGAGGAGCGGGAGACCCUCUUGUGGGGCUUUGCGCCCUCGGCAGGAGGCUCCUGCGGCCGCCUGCGGAUGAACCUUCCCCCGCCAGAGGUCGGCAUUAGAGACCGGGCUUCCUUUUCGCCCGCAGGCUCCUAUGGGCUCGGGCUAGCGUGCGCUCCGUGCGGCAGGUCGCCUUUUCGCUCCUGCCUUCUUUCCUCCUCCCGGUGGGGCGACCGAGGUCUUGGCGGCGCAGCGCCGAGGAGCGGGUGGCAAACGGCUCAGCCGCGGCACGGAUGUCGGUCUCCAGGUGCUGCAGAGGCGGAGGAGACGGCGCUAAACCUGAGCGCCUUUUGCAAGGCCGGGCUUGGAAAGUAUGCAUGACAAACUGUCCUACUCUGAUUGUAAUGGUUGGCCUUCCAGCAAGAGGAAAAACCUACAUAUCUAAAAAAUUGACACGCUACUUAAAUUGGAUUGGAGUGCCUACAAAAGAGUUUAAUGUUGGUCAGUACCGUCGAGAUUUGGUAAAAACAUACAAGUCCUUUGAAUUCUUCUUGCCAGACAAUAAAGAAGCCCAGAAAAUCCGAAAAAAGUGUGCCUUAGCAGCACUAAAUGAUGUUCGGCGAUAUCUUUGUGAAGAAAAUGGGCAUGUGGCAGUUUUUGAUGCUACAAAUACUACAAGGGAACGUAGAGACACCAUAUAUAAGUUUGGUGAAGAAAAUGGAUUUAAGACUUUUUUUGUGGAGUCAGUAUGCGUUGAUCCUGAGGUUAUUGCUGCAAAUAUUGUGCAAGUGAAAUUAGGCAGUCCUGAUUAUGUUGACUGUGCUAGUGAUGAAGCUACAGAGGACUUUAUGAAAAGAAUUGAAUGUUACAAGAAUUCAUAUGAGACGUUGGAUGAAACUCUAGACAAGGAUCUUUCUUAUAUUAAAAUCAUGGAUGUUGGAAGGAGUUACCUUGUAAACCAUGUAAUGGAUCAUAUUCAGAGUCGGAUUGUUUACUACCUCAUGAAUAUCCAUGUAACUCCUCGUUCUAUCUACCUCUGUCGACACGGUGAAAGUGAACUAAAUCUAAAGGGAAGAAUAGGAGGAGACACGGGCUUGUCCCAUAGAGGGAAAGAGUUUGCCAAGAGCUUGGGCCAGUUCAUUAAUGAUCAAAACAUCAAAGAUUUGAAAGUCUGGACAAGUCAGAUGAAAAGGACCAUUCAGACUGCUGAGGCUCUAAGAGUGCCUUACGAGCAGUGGAAAGUUUUAAAUGAAAUUGAUGCGGGAGUCUGUGAAGAAAUGACAUACGAAGAAAUUCAGGAAAAUUAUCCAUUAGAAUUUGCUUUGAGAGACCAGGACAAAUACAGAUACAGAUACCCUAAGGGCGAGUCCUAUGAAGAUCUUGUUCAAAGGUUAGAGCCAGUAAUUAUGGAGCUGGAAAGGCAGGAAAACGUGCUUGUAAUCUGUCACCAAGCUGUUAUGCGUUGUUUGCUUGCUUACUUUUUGGAUAAGCCUGCAGAACAACUGCCUUAUCUCAAGUGCCCUCUGCAUACUGUCUUAAAGCUAACUCCAGUGGCUUACGGUUGCAAAGUGGAAUCUAUUUUUCUAAAUGUUGAGGCUGUAAAUACACACAGAGAUAAACCACAGAAUGUGUGUGUGAGCCGCUCUCGAGAAGAAGCCUUGAGGACUGUACCUAAUCAUCUUUAACUCUCUGGUCUCCCAGCACUGUCCCAGGCUGCUAUCCAAUGUCAACAUUAAGGACACUUCUCAGGGACACGAUGAUGAAAGCCUUCAAAGGAGGCAGCCAGCAAGGCAGAAAAAUGCCUGCUCUCUUCUUUUAAAACGGAUUUCAAGACAAACUGAGCAUUAAAGUCAAAAAUGUACCAAGUAUUUAUGGAAUACAGGAUGAAAUUAGUUUUAAUUUAAUAUAUUUUGUCUUCAGCCUGUCAUUUUUGAUCUUGAAUGUUAUAUAUAUAAAUCGUCAGGUGUUGUUUUGAGAUUCUUCUAGAGUUAGAAUAUUUUCUUAAGCUGGUCUUUCUGUUAAAAACAAUCCUCCUCUGAUUAUUUUAUUCAAACUUUAUGCACAUGAAAUUUUAUGCACACCGAAAGUAUUUUAAACUUUUUCAGGUUAUUUAUCAUCUCCAUCAAACUUCAUUCAAGUAUUUUUUUUUUCAUUUCAUAAUUACAUUGCUUUGGUUGAUAACACAAAAAACUACAUGUGUAUAAUCAUUCAGUGUUAUAAAGUGGUCUAUUAAAAAUUCCAGUUUUUGGGGUGGGACAAUAAUGCUAUAGCAGUUGGUAUUUAUAACACCAACUUUCUAAAUAAUUUUAUUAAAGGUUCUAUUUACAUUUUAACAUUUAAAAUAUUUUCUCUUUUAUGCUCCUAUUAUAAAAUGCUCCAGAGCCUUCUAGAUAAUUUAUUCAAAUGAUUUUUUGAUUGAAAAUAACAGCAAAUUUCUUUCUACUUUAUAUAGAAAAUAAUAGCAUUUUCAAAGCCCCUCUUUUAAAAAAAAUCUCUAAUUCUGUUUAAGAAUACUGAUCGAUACUCUAAUUAGUAAAAGUUGGCCCGCAUAUUAUCCAUAAUUUCCAUAAGCACAAUUUUAUACAGGGGUCCCAAUCCUUGGGCUGUGGCCCGAUACUGGGUCAUGGUCCAUUUGGAACUUGGCUGCACAAGUGGUGGGCGAGCAUGCACAGCUCCACUUGUGCAAGCUGCAGUCUCGCAUACUCAUGCACAAAGCUCCCAUUUGUGCAAGUGCGUUCACCCGCUGCACUCUUCUUUCUCGCCCAUAGCUGCCAGUCCAUAAAGCCGGAAAGGUUGGGACCACUGAUUUUUUUAUAUUCUUCAAGGAAAUUUCUGUAAAGUGUAUGGAAAUUAAAAUAAUCUUACAUGGACAAGAGUAAGACAAUAAAGUAAGAAUGUGGAACAUGGUGGUUAGAGGUCCAAAAAUCUUAGUGCAAUGUGCAUCACCAGUUUUGAAAAACACUUAAUCUGACUUAAGUUCAUAGUAUUGAUGCACUUCUUCCUUUUCCUUAAACCAGGUAUUGUUUAGGUAUUGUUUUGAGUGGUUUUUUUUGUGGUGGGAGUGGGGGGGGGAGACAACUACCGAGUCCUUCCAUUUUUCAUUUUAAAUGUAGCAUUGUUAAGUUGAAAGAUAUUUUUUUUACUGGAGGAGCUAGCAGAUGUCAUGCACUGAAUACCAUCAACAAGUUCGGGUAAUGAUGGAAGGUUUCACUCCCAAAGUAAAUAACAAUGACAGUUUUUCAAAUUGUCUUUUAAGAUUUCUCAGGCCCAUCAAAUCUUAGAAGAUUUCAUUCAGCUUAAUCCAUUCUUGCCUGAAACUUUCUGAGAUAUCGGUGUCUGAAUCUGAGAGAUUCAUGCAAGAAUUUCAAAACGCUGAAGAUUUGGAAAAUGGCACAUGAUUCCUGCCUUUUUAAUUUUUUAUAUGCUUUUAAAACAAUUGGGGGUGUGGUCACUGAGAUGUUUGCAAGACUUUGUUGCUAAGCCCUGAUUUAGCAUUCUGGAGUUCUUUCACAAAAGAAAACCAGCACAUCCUUCAGCCCUAUCACUGCCAUCAUCACCAUCACCAUCAUCAUCAUCAUCAUAUUUGGAGAUUAGUAUCUAUACUGCUGCUCCUCCUAUAUAACUUGAGAGGAAAGCAUAUAGAGAGAUGGAAUAACUACUCCUGUAGUUGGAUUCCCAAAGAUGCACAGAAGAAUGCAGGUUAAUUUGCAGAAUUUUAACAUCCUGCUUUCGAAUGGAAUUUGUACAGAAGCAAUUCCUCUGAGUUUGCAUAUUAAGUCAUGUAUAUAUUUGUAUUAAAUCAUAUAAUGUAGUUAUUUGUGUAAUAGAAAUCAAGCAGCAGAUUAGAUACCUGUAAAUUGUUGAAACAAAAAUAGUUUUGUCCUCACCAGUUGGAAGUGUUCUUAAAAAUCCCACUAUCUAUAUAGAUAUCUUAUUGAACCAUACUAUCUUAGUGGUAAAAGCUCUGUGCAAUGUACUGUGUUAGCUUUGCAGAUGUUUGUUUCUUUUUUUCCCUUGUCGCUGGUGCUAUCACGUGUGCUGUGGCCAUGCUGUGAACUCCUUGUUUUGCAACGCAUUCAGUGCUGUAGAAAUAAGCCAGAAAGUCAAACAUACAUCAGAAAGAUAAACAGUGGUGAUAAAAUAGAAAUUAUUUAAAUAACAUAUUAAAAGCACUUGAGCUGUAUUUUAUCAUAAAAUGAUUUCUGCAUUGUAAAGUAUUUAUUCAGGUAGAUAAACAUUUACUGUGUUUACCUGACUGGAAGAAACACUCCCACCCCCACCCCAAUAUCUCUGAAUUCAGUCACUUAAUGGAAAGGUGCUAUUGAAAAUAACAUAGAAGAUGAGAGAGAGACUGUUUUUCUGUAAUGCCUAAACAAGGCUUCUCUCUCUCUCUCUCUCUCUCUCUCUCUCUCUCUCCCUCCCUCCCUCCCUCCCUCUCUCUCUCUCUCUCUCCCCAUCCAAAUAUACCUCCCACUUCUUUUCUUGUUUUUGUUUUCCAGGGAAGCCACCCCAAAACUCUUUAUCAUCCACUUUCCCCCUUUCCCCCCUUUUCAUUAGAAGAAAGGAGGUUGGUAGGUACAUACAUAUUUGUCUGUGUAAGACUGACUUAUGUGUGAAAGAAUGAUUGACAUGCACACAGGGAAUCUGUUUAUAUCGUUUGUUCUGGUCUUGUCUCUAUUAAGACGUCAUUUUUAGAAGAUACAUAAGCACAGCUGCAUGGAUGCCUAACAUACACAAGAUAUGUCUUAAACAUAAACAUAGGAUAAAUAUAAACAUAGGAGAGAUGUGGAAAUCUCCAGGAUGGGUUUUAUUUGGAGUGGCAACCAUAGGCUUCCCAUAAUACAUUUGCUUUUUUUUUUCCCUUUGGAGGAGAUGGGUUUCCUUCUGUUUGGAUAAAUACGAGCAGUUCUUGGCUUACAUUUAGCAACAGUUUGAACCUGUGACAGUGUUCAACAACAGGUCCUCAGAGAUCCAGCUGUUGCACUGCUCCCUCUGUCACAAAAUCACAAAUUUCGAUAUUUCCUCCCAGCUUCCCACGAUCAGAAACUGGCAGGAAGUUGGAGUCAUGUGAGAUCCUUGCUUAACAACAGCCUGGACUGCCAGAACUCCCAUCACUAAGCAGUCCCAAUUGCUGUCGUAAAUUGAACACUGCCUCUACGGUACUAGAAGGGACCAGGAAAAACACCACUGUAUUUUAAUAGUCUUUCUUAUUCAGCAGUUGUGUUUUAUCAUGAUACUUUUUGAACUUCUCUGGAUGUGGGGUACUGAGGGGGGAGGUUAAUUACUCUAAAAGUUGAAGGUUAUCCAGAAGAAAAAUGUGUAGAUGUAUAAAUCUCUCUUAAAUUUUGUAGAAAUUUUACUCAUUUCUAAAUGAAGGCAGUAGAGUAUCCUUCAGUGAAAAUAUAUCAUUACUUCAUAGAUUCCCUUUAUUGAAGAGAACUAUUUGUUUGCAUAUCUUCAUAUUUUUUUAAUGUGUACAACUCGGUGGCUAAAUAUUUAAUUUAUAGUAGAUAUUUUUAUAGGUUAUAUCUAAAUAUACUUUGUUAACUGUGGUUUCUAUUCAAAGAAAAGGCCAUAUAACCGAAAAAAAUAAUUGUAUGCAAUACAAAUUAUAAAUUUUUGUUGAUACUUGAAAAGACUAAGUUGUUGAUUCUGAUUUAACAAGCUGUGAUCUUAAAUACAAAAUUUGGAAGUAAACCUCUUGAAAUUAGUUGCACUAUCUUCCAAGUAAAUAAGUCCAAAAAUCAUAAAUCAUAAAAACUGUUUACUAUCAGUUUCAAGUAGAUAAACUUGUAACCACCUCCAGAAUAUCUGCUGAAUAUUUUGUUUCACAGGGCUUGCUACCUUUUUUAAGAGUAAAAAAAGAAUUAUAGAAACAUGUGAAUCUUAAAUAAGCCAUUAUUGGCAUUUGCUUAAUGUGUGAAAUAGCUUAUAGAAAUAAUAUGGAAAUGAGAAUGUUAUAAAUAUUGUAUCUUUUCUCAAUUUGUAUGGCGGAUUCAUAUGAUUUUGAAUUAAAUUUUAAUUCAGAUAUGAUUGUUCAUUUAUUUAAUGCAGAUUUUUCAACGAUAGUUGGGCAAUUUAUUACUUUCCAUAAGAGAUGUGUUAAAUCUUUCUCCAAAAUAAUAAAAUAUUGGUUCUAAAUUAAAAUGCACUUUAAUUUCUUUGUAAGUUGAAUUUUGCUACCAUAUUUAAGAUCACCAUUAAAUCAUCUGAUAAAUAUUUGUAAAAAGUCUGUCCAAGAAAGCAAAUUUUGAUGAUAUAUUACAUUACUGUAUUUAUAUAAAAUACACUAUUUUAAAAUAAGUGAAUGAAAAAAACCUAUCUGCUUCCUUUAAAGACUCAAAAAGUUUUACGUCAUGUACAAACAAUUCUUGUAAAAUUCAAUUUUCAAACUUGCAGAAUUUACUGCAUUUAAUUAUAUAAAUAUCAAUGAAGUUGCAUCUGAUUAUCAAGAAUCCAUUCAGUUGUAAUAAUGCUUUUGCUGACUUUAAAGACAAUAUGUAUGGAAUGUG